AUGAGGAGGAGGAUGACGCUCGUCGCCCUGGCGAGCGGCCGCGCGGUGCGGGCGCUCCGGCCGCUGGCGCGCGCGCGGCAGCCGCUCCGGGCCGCGACCGCGCUGCGGAGCACGGCGACGCGGCCGGCCUUCCUCGACGCCAAGGAGCCGCUGCCGGCGUCCUACGACUUCGGCGUCGAGGGCCCGUUAUAUGAAUGGUGGGAGGCCAGCGGCAAGUUUAAACCUAAGGAGGAGGAGCACGAGCGCGGCGCGUACACGUGCCCCAUGCCGCCUCCCAAUGUCACCGGAAGGUUACAUUUAGGACAUGCGAUGUUCGUGGCGUUGCAGGAUAUUCUGGCGCGGUUCCACCGGAUGCGGGGGCGGCCGACGCUGUGGUUGCCGGGUACCGACCACGCCGGAAUAGCCACCCAAUUACUUGUGGAGAGGGCCAUCACGGCGGAAGGACUGAACAGAGUGGAGAUGGGCCGCGAGAAGUUCCUGGAUCGAGUCUGGCAGUGGAAGGAGGACAACGGUGGGGCCAUCUGCUCGCAGAUGCGUAGAUUAGGAGCGUCGGCCGAUUGGUCUAGGGAGAAGUUCACGUUGGACGACGACAUGUCGACGGCCGUCACGGAGGCCUUCGUGCGGCUCCACGAGAAAGGUUUAGUUUAUCGAGGUUCCCGCAUGGUCAACUGGAGUCCCAAUCUCGGCACCGCCGUCUCUGAUCUCGAAGUAGAAUUCGUGGAGAGAGAAGGAUUGUUAUAUUACUUCAAGUACGAGGUCGAAGGCGGCGGCUACCUGCCCGUCGCGACGUCGCGACCAGAAACCAUACUAGGAGAUACCGCGGUCUGUGUCAACCCCGACGACGAUAGAUACAAAGACUAUGUGGGCAAGCAAUGUAUCGUGCCCAUGAGUGGUGGGAGGACGAUCCCCAUCUUGGCGGACGACUACGUCGACGUCGAGUUCGGUACGGGAGCUCUCAAAGUGACGCCCGGCCACGACGCGAACGAUUAUGCUAUUGGUCAAAGAAAUAACCUGCCCAUCAUCAACAUCAUGGACGAGAAGGGGGCGUUGAACGAGAACGGCGGUGAUUAUGCCGGGAUGGAUCGGUUUAAGUGUAGGAAGCAGUUGUGGAAGGACAUGGAGGCCGCGGGAUUGGUCCUGAAGACCGAACCGCACGUCUCGCGCGUCCCGAUCUCUCAACGGGGCGGGGAAGUCGUCGAGCCGCUCGUCUCCACCCAAUGGUUCGUGAAGAUGGACAAUAUGGCUUCGAGAGGUGUCGACGCCGUGCGACAGGGAGACAUUCAGAUCGUCCCGAAACGCUUCGAGAAGGAGUGGUACAAUUGGCUCGAGAACAUCCAGGACUGGUGCGUGUCGCGCCAGUUGUGGUGGGGCCACCAGAUACCCGUGUAUUACGCGGAGGGGUAUGACGGGUACUUUUGUGCGAGAUCGGAGGAAGAUGCGAGGAAGCAAGCGACCGAGGCCGGCGUAGCUACGACGACACCAUUAACGAGAGACUCUGAUGUAUUAGAUACCUGGUUCUCGUCCGGUUUGUGGCCCUUUGCCACUGUAGGGUGGCCCGAGAACACGCCUGACUUCAAGAAGUUCUACCCCGCGACCUGCCUGGAGACGGGCUACGACAUCCUCUUCUUCUGGGUCGCGCGCAUGGUCAUGAUGGGUCUGGAGUUUACGGAUGAGGUACCGUUCGAUACGAUAUACAUGCAUGGGUUAGUGAGGGACGAGAAGAACGAAAAGAUGUCAAAGACGAAGGGCAACGUCGUGGACCCGCUCGACGUCGUGGAUGAAUACGGUGCUGAUGCGUUGCGGUUCUCGCUGGUGACCGGAGUCACGCCGGGCCAAGACGUCCCGCUGUCGAUGGAACGAGUGAAAGUGAACCGGAACUUCUGUAAUAAAUUAUGGAACGCCGCGCGCUUCCUGGAGCCCAAAAUGGUCACUUCGGGUGGUGUCAUCGACCAGCAAGAAUUAUCUGAGAUGCCUCUGUUCGAACGGUAUAUCGUGUCCGAGGCACACGCUUGUGCCGAGGCCUCGGCAUCAGCCUUGGAAGACUACUCGAUAGGCGACGCGGGCACGCGGGCCUACCGCUUCUUCUACGACGAGUUCGCCGACUGGUACGUCGAGGUCAGCAAGACGCGAAGUGCGGAAGAUCAAGAGGCGUCGCAGCGGGCCUUGUCGUAUUCCUUCGAGGUGUGUCUCAAAUUACUACAUCCCUUCGUGCCGCACGUGACUGAGUACUUGUGGCAGAAGCUCUUUAAUUCUGAUGGUGCUGAUAAGGCGCUCAUGACCGAAUCUUAUCCAUCAUUGGAAGGUCAAAGCUUAGCGCAGGACGCGGAAGCCGUGGCCUUGUUCAACGACUGGAAGGAACUUGUUAGGGCUAUGAGGAACAUCAGGGCCGAGUACAACAUCGAACCCGCGAUAAAAACGGGGCCGACGAUAAUAUGUAGUGACGACGCGUUGGCAGAUGUUAUAAGGAGGGAGACGAAGGCUCUGGCGUUGUUAGCGAAAGUAGAUCCGGAGCGAGUGACGGUGGUCAAGAGCAAGAGUGACGCUGUUAUAGAGGACGACGCCGUGCAAUUAGUCGUGUCCGAUGGUUUGGAAGUCUUCCUGCCCCAACAAGACCUAGCUAAAGAUGUCAAGAAGGAGUUGGAUAGACUAUCCACGCAACUAAAAAAGCUCGUCAAGGACAUCGGCGGCCUGGAGGGGCGCCUCGGCAACCCGGGUUUUGCGGAUAAGGCGCCCGCGGACGUCGUCGCGGCGACGCGCGCGUCCCUCGAAGAGAAGCUCGAGCAGAAGGCGACGCUCGACGCGUCGAUCGCGGAGCUGGAGAAGCAGUAA